GGCGCAGGGGCGUGGGGAGCAAGGUGGGGGCCCCGAGGUGAGCCGAACAGUGCCGACCCUCCGGGCCGACUCUCCUGGGCGCUCCUAUCUCACCUGUUUACAGCCAGGGGAACUUACCCGGCAGAGGGGUGCUCGGGUGCCCAGGACUUGGGGGGGGGGUGGUAAUGGGAGGCAGCCACGUCCCGCUUGCCUUGGGGAAGCUUGUGCCUGCCCAGCACCUAGCUCACUUGUCCAGUAGCAACUGGGGAAGACUUCGUGCCACGGUGGCGCAUAGAGGGCGUAGGUGCAGACCCUGGAGGGACAGGGCAGGGAAUUCAAGGCUGCCCCAGGCAGAGUGCAUCUGCUCCUGGGGUGGAGGGUGGCCUGGGCCAAGUAAGGCUGCCUGGCUCUGUGAGCUGGGCAGUCUCCUCCUACAGAAGAUGGGCGUGAACCUGACCCGAAGCAACAAGGAGACGGUGAGGCACAGUGAUGUCCUGUUCCUCGCUGUGAAGCCGCACAUUAUCCCCUUCAUCCUGGACGAGAUCGGGGCGGACGUCCAGGCCAGGCACAUCGUGGUGUCCUGUGCUGCUGGAGUCACCAUCAGCUCUGUGGAAAAGAAGCUGAUGGCCUUCCAGCCGGCCCCCAAGGUGAUUCGCUGCAUGACCAACACACCGGUGGUGGUGCGGGAGGGCGCCACAGUGUACGCCACAGGCACCCACGCCCUGGUGGAGGAUGGGCAGCUCCUGGAGCAGCUCAUGAGCAGCGUGGGCUUCUGCACGGAGGUGGAAGAGGACCUGAUUGACGCCGUCACAGGGCUCAGUGGCAGUGGACCUGCCUAUGCAUUCAUGGCUCUGGACGCGUUGGCUGAUGGUGGGGUGAAGAUGGGCCUGCCUCGGCGCCUGGCGGUGCGCCUGGGGGCGCAGGCCUUGCUGGGGGCCGCCAAGAUGCUGUUGGACUCGGAGCAGCACCCAGGUCAGCUCAAGGACAACGUCUGCUCCCCUGGGGGGGCCACCAUCCAUGCCCUGCACUUCCUAGAGAGUGGUGGCUUCCGCUCCCUGCUCAUCAAUGCCGUGGAGGCCUCCUGCAUCCGCACACGAGAGCUGCAGUCCAUGGCUGACCAAGAGAAGGUCUCCCCUGCUGCCCUCAAGAAGACCCUCCUGGACAGAGUGAAGCUGGAAUCCCCCACAGUGUCCACACUGACCCAUUCCAGCCCGGGGAAGCUGCUCACAAGAAGCCCGGCCCCUGGGGGCAAGAAGGAGUGAGGUGGCCUCUGCCCUCCUUCCUGGAACCAGAGCCCAGAGGAGGACCGUGCAGUGGGAGGGCAGGUCCGGCAGUUUUCAGGUCCUUAUGGUAAAACCUCCUUAAAUCUGUUCAGACCUGGCUGCGCUAGUUUCCCGUCUUGUCCACGUCAGAAGAUGCUCCCGGGGUGGGUGACGGUGGCAGCCGGAGGCAGGCCUGCGCACCUAUUGCCGGAGAGAGAGGCUGCGACUCCAGUCAGAGCCCCGCUGGCUGCAAGGUCUGGAGACCUUCAGCUGGGGUCCUCCAUCUGGAGCUCGAGCCAGGGUCCGCUUGACGCCCGGUGAGGGCGGAGAGAGGUACGGAACGUGACAAGGGCUUUUCUCUCUGGCUUAUAAAUGCAAAAGAAGCAGGCAACUUAGAAUUGUUACACUUAAUCAGAAAAGCACGAAAUUAGACCAUGCUUCUGUUUAACUCUUACUUCCCUAGGUGUCCUGUUGGAAAAGCGUUCUCAGCGCUGUUAAGUUUAGCUGCUUCAAUAAAAGUUUUAUUUUUUAUUACCCUG